AUGAUUGAUAUAUCAGUUGAUUUUGAUGGAAUACAAUAUGAACUUGAUAUGCCAAAUGUUUUUGCAUCAUUUGAAAGAAUUGUUCUCCUACAUAUUUGGUUUUUACUUGUUCUUUAUGUUCAAUUAGAUUCAACUGAUGUAUUUCUUCGUCAUCAAUUAGCACGUACAAUGUAUAUAGAUCUUGAUUUACAUGCUCAACAAAUUCUUUCAAGUCAAAGUAAAACUCAUUGUAAUCAACCAGAAGAAUUAUAUUCUGAAAUGGAUACAUUUAUAUUUGUAGUAGAUAAAAAUCUUAUUGAUGAUGAUACUGUAUUAGCUGCUGCUAUAUGGAAACAUUUUUGUCAUUUUCAAUCAACUCCACUUGAACGUCUUGUUACAUUUGUGACAUAUAUAAGAAAAAAUAUUCGAUAUGUAGAACAAUUACUUGAUGAAAAUUUUAUGAAAAAUGAUUAUAUCUAUUUUUUACCAUUAUAUGAUGAUUCUGUUAAUAUAAAAUUUGCUAUUUAA